AUGAGGACAUCCUCCAAGUCUGAUGUCAUGAUUCUUGGCCACUCUAGGUUGGGGACAGGGUGCUACCUCAAAGCAGAAGAGUAUCUUGGGAUUUUGUUCACGACUGAGGGACAAAGGGAACAGGAGAUUGACAGGUAUCAGAGUACAUUGGAUUUAAGAAAUGCACUUACAGAAGAAGAACGAAAAAAAAUUUUACAUAGAAAUGAAACCCCAGAAAAUAAGAUGGAAAUGUUGAAAAUGGUGUUCGAGAAGAAAGCUGAUAAGAAGCGGUCAGGUAUUGACCGAAGUAUCUUCAGUCAUUUUCAAAGGAGUAAGUCCAUGGAACACCUUCCCAUUCGAAAGGCUGAUGCAGGCGUCAACAUUUGUGCACUACGAGCUGUUUUUGAACCAAAGGGUUCUCCCAUCAAAAGAUUUCAUCCCAAGUAUUUUCAUUUACCUGGAAAAAGUGCAGCCAAACAUGAGGUGACAUUUGCUACCCCAUGGCACAUAGCUGCAUCCACUUAUGAGAAACCAGAAAAGUAUACAUCUGGCCGUGGUGGAAAGGUGAAAGAGCAACUGAAGCACAGAAAGGAAGAGAGAUCGGAAAGCAGGACCUCCGUACCAGGAGUGCAAGUCCAGUUUAGUGGGGUAACUGAGCACAGCUGUUGA